AUGGUAGUAACAGAAGGACGAAAUACAACAGUCGUUGAUGGUGGUGGUGAUUGUACAGGUGGUGGUGGGGAAAGAACUGGUAUUAGUGGUGGUGAGGAUUGCACCAAUGGGGGAGGUGAGUGGAUUUUUGGUGGAGCUACUUUUGGUGAGGGAGCUGGAGACAGUAUAGAAGGAUUUGGAGGAAAUGAAAUCGAAGUUAGAGCUGGAGUUGGAGCUGGAGCUAGAACCGGAGAAGGUUUCGAGCUAGGACUUGGUGGCUUGGAAAUGAAUGGUGGGAUGGAGGUCCUUGCUGGUUGUGUAAAGGGUGAAGUUUCUGACGGAGAGCGUUGUGGAGGCUCUACAGGUGAAGUUUUUGAUGGAGAGCUUGGUUGUGGAGGCUCUAUAGGCGAAGUUUUGAAUGGAGAGCUUGGUUGUGGAGGCUCUAUAGGUGAAGGGCUUGAUGGGGUGGCGAUUGGUGUUGGGGUUGGCUUUGGUUUGGGACUUUGUGGUGGUAGGGGUGGAGAAGUCUUAGGUGAGUUAGGUUCCAAGAUUGGUAAUGGGUUUGGUGAUGGGGUGGACUUGGUAGCUACUUUUGGUGAGGGAGCUAGAGACGAGAUAGAAGGAUUUGGAGGAAGCGAAAUCGAAGUUAGAGCUGGAGCUGGGGCUAGAACUGGAGAAGGUUUUGAGCUAGGACUUGGUGGCUUGGAAAUGAAUGGUGGGAUGGAGGUCCUUGGUGGUUGUGUAGAAGGUGAAGUUUCUGAUGCAGAGCUUGAUUGUGGAGGGUCUACAGGUGAAGGUUUUGAUGGAGCGCUUGGGUGCGGAGGCUCUAUAGCUGAAGGGCUUAAUGGGGUGGCGAUUGGUGUUGGGGGUGACUUUGGUUUGGGACUUGGUGGUGUUAGGAGCGGAGAAAUCUUAGGUGGGUUCAGUUCCAAGAUUGGUAAUGGUUUUGGUGAUGGGGUGAAAUUGGGAGGCGACAGAAUUGGUUUCACUAUCUUAGGAGCUGGUGCUGGUUUCAAGCUCGGACUUGGUGGCAUGGAAAUUAAUGGUGGGAUGGAGGUCCUUGGUGGUUGUGCAAAAGGUGAAAUUUUGGGUGGAGAGCUUGGUUGUGGAGGCUCUAUAGGUGAAGGGCUUGUUGGGGUGGCGAUUGGUGUUGGGGGUGGCUUUGGCUUGAGACUUGGUUGUGGUAGGGGGGGAGAAGUCUCAGGUGGGUUAGGUUUCAAGAUUGGUAAUGGUUGUGGUGAUGGGGUGGGAUUGAAAAUCGAAGGUGAUAGAGGUGGUAUAGCCUUUGGUGAAAGGUUAGGUUGUGGUGUUGGUGAAAUGGAAAGAGGAUUCACUGGCGCCAAUGGAAAUAGUUUUGGCAUUGGAGGAAAGGAAAUUGGCUCAACUUUAGGCAUAGAUGGCGGUUUUGCAUUCGGAUUUGGCUUUAAUGGGGUUAUUGUAGGACUUGGUGGAGCUUGUGGUUGUGGAUUUGAACUUGGUGGAAUAAGAGAUUCUGGUGGAUGCUUACCGCCUUGGCGUGGUUUUGAAGGUCUGCAGCCUACUAAACUGCAAUUAACUGUCCGACUCAACUCAGAUUCGCAAGUCUCCUCAGAUUUUUGUUUUGGUCUAUCUGUCAAGCAAUUGCUUGUGUCAUCCAGUACACGGCCUUCUUUUGAAGAAAGGCAUGUAAAAUCCACACUCUUAAAAUAG